AUGCUCCGCAGAAAGAACAAACAAGGUCCUUCAGAUUUAGUUCGGAGAUGCACCUAUUUGCCUCAAGUAGGUUGGAUGUCCCCUUCCAUGGCAGCAACUUUAACAAUCUUACAGGUAAAGGGGUUGGGGAACCUUCCGAAUCGCUCUCUACCGGAAUAUCUAUAUACUCGUAUAGCCUCAAAUAGCUUUUAUCUUCAAUAUCAACAGAAUCUCCAAAGUACGGGACAGAGUUCAGAACAGGAUAAUCUUCUGCCUAAAAUUGCAAAUGGCGUUGGAAACCUUUUCGUUUGCCGUGAUUUCGGUCCAAUAAGCAUAUCUUGGGAUGGAGCUGAUGGACUCAUUAACGGCAAGGCAUAUUUCGCCAUUCUAAAUUGGUUGUCGCCAAUCCAACUUACCGAACAAAAGUUCAAGUCGUCCUUGGCCAGCGAAGGAAAUACAAAAGGCAGAGCCGGCUCUUUGGACAUCGAAUUUCGGAUGGAUUUUGAUGUACAAUUGCAGGUUUCCUCAAAAAAUGCGGUGUGUGGUUGUGUUUGA